AUGAAUUUAAUUAAUACGAACGAAACUAUGUACCACUCAAUAAAAGAAGUGGGUUUGAACACCUACGAGGUGUGCUAUGAUGCUCCACCCCAUAUUGUUUCAGAUGGCUUAUGGGCUGUAGGAGAACGUAGAAGGUCUCCAAUGAAAUCUUUUCUCCCCAUGUUUGAGUUACAGGUGCUUAUAAUAUUCACUAUCACCCAAAUAUGCCGUGUCCUUCUCAAGCCCUUGGGACUCCCUCUAUUUAUUUCACAAAUGAUGGCUGGUUUAAUUCUACAUUCUUCGCUUCACCUGGGGGAAUUAGGCAUGUUUAUGAGGAAGUUGUUUCCCUACGGAACCCAAGACACCAUUGGAACAGUGUCAUCUAUUGGUUACGUGCUAUUCAUUUUUAUAAACGGAGUGCAAAUGGAUUUUAGCAUGAUAACAAGGACGGGAAAGAAGGCAUGGACCAUUGCCAUAAUUGGAUUGUUAGUACCGUUAUCUGUUGCCGCUACAACACUAUAUUUUUCCCGUCAACGGAUUAGUAUGUACAUCUACAACUACGAUGAUCUUUACGUUACUACGGUAUCACACACUGUUGUUUCAUUUGCGGUAAUUGCUUCCCUGCUCAAUGAACUUCAAAUCCAAAACUCGGAACUGGGGAGAUUGGCAUUAUCCUCAGCAUUGGUGAGUGACGUGUUGUGCACAAUCGUUACCGCUAUUGGCACUGCAUUGAUGAUUACCCCUGAAACACAAAUGGAUCACGUUUUCAAAAACUUUAUGGGUUUGCUUGCAAUGGCUAUCUUUGUUCCUUUAGUGUUUCGGCCAGCAAUGUUUUGGAUCAUCAAACGUACUCCAGAAGGAAGACCUGUGAAGGAUGGUUACCUUUAUAUUAUCAUCGUGGUGGUCUUUGCUUUGGGUUGGCUUUCAGUUAUGAUUAGUCAAGAAUUCACUCUUGGAGCUUUCAUUUUGGGUUUGUCUGUGCCAGAAGGUGCUCCAUUAGGCUCUGCUUUGGUUAAGAAGCUUCAGUUCUUUUCUACCUCCUUCUUUUUGCCAAUCUUCGUCACUACCUGCAUGUUGAAGGCUGAUUAUAGUUCCAUGUCUGAUAUUUAUUUAUCAAGGACAGUUUCAUGCGUCGUUAUCGCCAUCAUCCUCAUCCAUUUAAUCAAAAUGGUGUCGUGCAUUCUACCCGCCAUCUCUAGCAACAUGCCCAUUCGUGAUGCUCUCUCUCUUGCUCUCAUUUUGAACACCAAAGGCGUAGUCGAAAUUGGCAUCUACUUUUACUUAUACGACAAUCGGAUAAUUGAUGGCGUAACAUACGAAAUAUUGAUGAUCAGCAUAAUUAUCAUAGCAAGCGUUGUGCAAUGGUCUGUGAAGGUUUUGUAUGAUCCUUCCAGAAAAUACGCAGGCUACCAGAAAAGGAACAUUAUGAGUUUAAGGCCCAACUCGGAUCUGAAGAUGGUUGUAGCGAUUCAUAAAACGAAUCAUAUAUCGGCCAUGAUAGAUGUGCUUGACCUGUGUUGUCCAACACCUGAAAAUCCCAUAACUGUGGAGGUAUUGCACCUAAUCGAGCUAGUUGGAAGGGCCUUACCCAUUUUCAUUCCUCAUCGUCUUCAAAGGCAAGAAUCUGGCCUGCACAAGUCAUACUCAGAUGAUAUCCUUCUUGCUUUUGACAUUUAUGAGCACGACAAUGGAGACGCCUUGUCAGCAUACACAUGCACCGCAAUAUCACCACCCAACCUCAUGUACGAGGAUGUUUGCAACCAGGCGUUGGACAAGGUUGCAUCCAUCAUAAUUCUUCCAUUCCAUCAAAGAUGGUCCAGCGACGGUGAUGUUGAAUCUGAUGACAAGAACAUAAGAACACUAAACUGUAGGGUCCUAGAAAUUGCUCCAUGCUCGGUUGGAAUCUUGGUGAGUCGUGCUUCCCACCAAAGAAGAGGCACAACCACUCGAGUAGCCCUUAUUUAUUUGGGUGGAGAAGAUGAUCAUGAGGCUUUGUGCAUAGCGAAACGAGCAAUUAGGAACCCGGGCAUUAACCUAGUUGUUUAUCACCUUGUUUCUGAUGAUUGCAUAGGAGAGAGGGAUGAACUAGGGGAUUAUUACAAAGAUGAUGGCGAUAUGCUACUACUACAAGAUAUGAAGCAUGAACCCAAUGUGAGGUAUCAACAAAUCAUAGCAAUGGAUGGAUCACAGACAGCAGGUUUUCUUGGUGAAAUAGUGAAUGAGCAUGACUUCUUUAUAGUUGGGAGAGGCCAUGGGAUCAACUCACCUCAAACGGAAGGACUCACACAUUGGAGUGAAUUUCCAGAAUUGGGUGUCAUCGGUGAUUUUCUUUCUUCUCCAGAUUUGAGGAGUCGUGCAUCCAUUUUAGUGGUGCAGCAACAACUCUCUCGAAUCGCAGAGAUUCAGAAGCUUUGCAACGACGACGAAUUGGAUGGCCACGAUUUACUCAACCAAUGUGCUCUUCAUGUUCAGGACAGAGUGCAGCAGAUUGUGUCCGAGUUCCCUGAUCUGUCUUCCUUCGAAAUUCAAAAUUUCGAUGCUUACCUACAGAUUUUGAAAGACGAACUUCGCAACGUGGAGCUUGAAACCACCCUUGUAGCAAACGACAUUGAGCUUCUUUCCAAAACUCAUAGGGAUGAUUAUAUUCUCUUGGAGGCCAAACUUGAAGAAAUUGAAUGUUCUUUAGAUUACAUUACAUCAAAGGAUCCGACGACAGCUGAGGCUACUGAAGGCACUGACUCCCCAAUGCUGGCGGAUGAUGGUUCAAAUUUGAACUUUGUGAAUCUAGACAAGAAUGUAGAGCAAUUAGAACUUGAUAAUGAGAUUGAUGAAAUGAAGUUGACUCUAAAGUCUUUGCAGGAUCUUGAGCUUAAGGUCAAAUGGUUUGAUGUUGUAGAGCAGAUUGAGGAUGCAUUCACAGGUCUAAAAGUUCUUGCAUUUGAUGAGAAUUGCAUUAGGUUAUCAUUGCAGACUUAUAUGCCAACAUUUGAGGGCAUUUCCUACCUACAGAAAAUUGAAGAUACCAUUGAUGCAGCUGACCUUAGUCAUGAGUUGUUAAUUGAAGUUUUUGAGGGGACUAUGAAGUUAAAGAAUGUUCAGGUUUUUCCAAAUGAUAUACUUGUGAACGACAUUGUUGAUACUGCAAAGUCUUUCAGUAAGUCCUCUCUGCAGUGGUUUAUACAAAAAGUGCAGGAUAGAAUUAUACUAAGCAACCUUAGGCGUCUUAUUGUAAAGGAUGCUAAUAAAUCAAGAUAUUCGCUUGAAUACUUGGACAAAAAUGAGACUAUUGUAGCUCAUAUGGCUGGAGGAAUUGAUGCAUACAUAAAGUUGUCUAAUGGUUGGCCAAUAUUUUGUUCUCCAUUGAAGCUGAUAUCCAUCAAGGGAUCAGAAUCAUCAGAUGACUUAAAGAGAACUUCCCUAAACUUUCAUUCCAAACUUGAGAAGUUAGCCAAUUCUUUAGAUACUCAUAUUCGGCAUAAUAUAUCGAGCUUCGUUGAUGCGGUCGAAAAAGUGCUUAUAGAACAGUUGCAGUGUGAUCUUCGGGCCGAUGAUAGCUCGGGCUAAGGAUACUCUCGUAUCUGUGACGCU